AGUUGCGGCUGGGAGAGGAGUAUUGGCGGCUGCUUCAGGUUUUUCAAUCCUGGCUUCCCUGCAAUGGAGCCCACCGCCGGGAGCGAGGAGAGUGGACCAGGGGCGGCUGCAGGGAAAUGCGUGAGUAGGAUCUCAGUGCCAAGACCUCCCUCCAUUGAGGAAUUCACCAUAGUGAAGCCUAUUAGCCGUGGCGCCUUCGGGAAGGUGUAUCUGGGACAGAAAGGCGGCAAGUUGUACGCGGUGAAGGUUGUCAAAAAAGCAGACAUGAUCAACAAAAAUAUGACUCAUCAGGUACAAGCUGAGAGGGAUGCACUGGCCCUGAGCAAAAGUCCUUUCAUUGUCCAUUUGUACUAUUCACUGCAGUCAGCAAACAAUAUCUACUUGGUAAUGGAAUAUCUUAUCGGUGGAGAUGUCAAGUCUCUCCUCCAUAUAUACGGUUAUUUUGAUGAAAAGAUGGCUGUGAAAUAUAUUUCUGAAGUGGCAUUGGCUCUAGAUUACCUUCAUAGACAUGGAAUCAUUCACAGGGACUUGAAACCAGACAAUAUGCUUAUUACUAAUGAAGGCCAUAUUAAACUAACGGAUUUUGGCCUUUCCAAAGUUACUUUGAAUAGAGACAUCAAUAUGAUGGAUAUCCUUAUAACACCAUCAAUGGCUAAACCUAGGCAAGAUUAUUCAAGAACCCCAGGACAAGUAUUAUCUCUCAUCAGCUCUUUGGGAUUUCACCCACCAGCAGGUGCAGACAAAAGUGACGAAUCUGCAAAUAUUCUUCCAACUCAUGUGUCUGAAACAUCAGAGCUUUCUCAAGGACUAAUUUGUCCUAUGUCUGUAGAUCAAAAGGACAGUACUCUUUAUUCUAGCAAACUACUAAAAUCAUGUCUUGAAACAGUUGCCUCCAACCCUGGAAUGCCUGUAAAGUGUCUAACUUCUAAUCUACUCCAGUCUAGGAAAAGAUUGGCUACAUCGAGUGCCAGUAGUCAGUCCCAUACUUUUGUAUCCAGUAUGGAAUCUGAAUGCCACAGCAGCCCCAGAUGGGAAAAGGAUUGCCAGGAAAGUGGCGAGGCACUGGGCUCUACAAUGACGAGUUGGAACACGACUGAAAAGCCUUUAUGUACAAAAUCUACAAAUGCCAUCGAGACCAGAAGUUUCAAUAAGAAGGAUCUUGAGUUGGCCCUUUCUCCUAUUCAGAACAGCGGUGCCAUUCCUGCCAGUGGAAGCUCUUGUGUAAACCUUGCUAAAAAAUGCUUCUCUGGGAAAGUUUCUUGGGAAGCAAGAGAACUGGAUAUAAAUAAUAUUAAUAUGGCUGCUGACACAAGACAGUCUGGUUUUCAUCAGUCGCAUCAGGGGCCUGUGGAUUCUGAUGGUAUGACUGAAGAACACCUUGGGAAAAGAAGUGUUAAGAGACCCUUUGAGUUAGUUGACUCCAGUCCUUGUCAGAAAACCAUACAGAAUAAAAAAAAUUAUACAGAGUAUAAGCAUAGUAAUGAAAUGAGAGAUUGUUAUACAAAUCAAAGUACAAGCUUAACCACUGAAAUUCAGGGCCUUAAGCUAUCAGUGUAUAGAAGUCAGCAAAAUGACUGUGCUAAUAAGGAGAACAUAGUUGAUUCUUUUAUGGAUAAACAGCACACACCAGAAAAAACACCUAUCCCAAUGAUAGCAAAAAACCUUAUGUGUGAACUGGAUGAAGAUUGUGACAAGCAUAAUGACAACUUAAGUUCUAGUUUUCUAUGUUCUGAUGAUGAUAGAGCUUCCAAAAGUAUUUAUGUAGACUCUGAUUCAUCUUUUCCUGGAACUUCUAUAAUGGAAAGUCCACUAGAAAGGCAGUCCUUAGAUCCAAAUAAUAGCAUCAAAGAAUCUUCUUUUGAAGAAUCAAAUAUUGGAGACCUACUUACUGUAUCACUCAGCUGCCAAGAAAGUCCAUUGCCAAAAGAUGAUGUGAACCCUGCUGUCCCAGACAGUAACCAAAAAACAUUAGCGCCUUCUUCGGAGGUAUUGACAACAUUAACCUGCUCUAAAAGAAAUGCUGUAGCUUUUCGAAGUUUUAACAGCCAUAUUAAUGUAUCCAGUAACUCAGAGCCAUCCAAAAUGAGCAUUACUUUAGAUGCAAUGGAUACCUCAUGUGCUUACAGUGGUUCGGACCCCGUGGCCAUAACCCCUACUCAAAAGGAAAGACCCUACUUCUAUCAGCAGACCCCAAAUCAGGUCAAGUCAGGAACUCCAUAUCGAACUCCAAAGAGUGUAAGAAGAGGGGCAGCCCCAGUGGAUGACGGGCGAAUCCUGGGAACCCCAGACUACCUUGCACCGGAGUUGCUAUUAGGCAGGGCCCAUGGUCCUGCAGUAGAUUGGUGGGCACUUGGAGUUUGCCUGUUUGAGUUUCUAACAGGAAUUCCCCCUUUCAAUGAUGAAACACCACAACAGGUAUUCCAGAAUAUUCUGAAAAGAGAUAUCCCUUGGCCUGAAGGUGAAGAAAAAUUAUCUGAUAAUGCUCAAAGUGCAGUAGAAAUACUUUUAACCAUCGAUGAUACAAAGAGAGCUGGAAUGAAAGAGCUGAAACAUCAUCCUCUCUUCAGUGAGGUGGACUGGGAAAAUCUGCAGCAUCAAACUAUGCCUUUCAUACCCCAACCGGAUGGCGAAACAGAUACCUCCUAUUUUGAAGCCAGGAAUAAUGCUCAGCACCUAACUGUAUCUGGAUUUAGUCUAUAGCACAGAAGUCUGCCCUUUAAGCUUACCUUGUCUAUAGGAUAAGCUAGCAUAUUUAUAUACUCCUUAAUACUGGAUUGAUUUAAAGGGGAGGAAAUCACUUUCCCUGGAUCAAUGAGCUUUCAAUAUAUGUUACAGCUUCCACAGAGGUAAAAGGCUAUCAAGAAUAUUAUCAAUAAUUUAUCUUAAUCUCAAUGUUGUAUAUAAAUCUUCAAAGCUUCUUUCAUCUUAUUUAUUUUGUCACUGCACUUUAUGCAAGUUAAUGCAACAAUAAAACUAGAAUGGCACUACCACUUUAGAGGAAGUGAGACUUAUGCUUGAUUUUCUUUCUCAUCUGUUGAUUUCAGUCCACCAUUCAGUUUGGUGUUAAAAUAACAAAACGCCGUACAAGUUCAUCUUAAUGUAACUUAUUUAUUUAUACAUGAUUGCCUGCAAAAGCUGUAGUCUCAAAGGCAAUCCUUUAAGAAUGCAUUUGUGACCUCAAAAUGCAGCUGUGAAUUUCCUUCACCCAGUAGUACAGCUUCUGGGGGGAAUGAGGGAUGAACAAAAGGACUUUGGUUUUAGCUUACUUUUUAUGAAUACAUUUUGCUAUCUGGACUGCUUCUCAUACUUUCUGUACGAUACAUAAUUGUUUAAAAUAGUACUAGAAAGCUUAGGUGGGAUAUACUGUAGCAAUUUUAACAGCUUGUUCAGUUUUAAUAAAACAUGAUGGUUUACAUCUUAAAAUAAUUUGUUUAAAACAUAGGCAGCAUUAUCAGAGACAGCCUGACCCUUUAUGAAAAAUUUACCUUGGCUUAAUAAAUAUAAUUGUAACAUACUUCAAGUA